AUGAACAUCUUUGGGCUAAAUGGGCAUGCUUCACCAGACAAUCCUGACAUCGGGUGGGCCGGCAUUGAUGUCCCUGAAUAUUCAAAGCCAUAUCUGAACACCCUUUCAGCUUUGCGGGAUGCGGUCCGCCGGCUUACAAAGUCAAAUGCCCAUAUCACGUCUCAAACUCUCGGUAGUAUUAUAAAUACUAUCGGCUCAAGCGCGGACCUGGGGCAUUCCAUGUCAGAUCUAGCACUCCCAUACGUGGAGGUUCUGAGGAAAUUCAAAGACCAAAUUGCAUCCCUGAACUUAGUCACAAGUGACCUGAUUAAGACCCGCCAGGGACAAACUGAGCGAAAACUUCAGGCACAAAAGCGCAAGGUAGAAGAGGGACGCAAGCAAGCUGAGAAGAUGGAAAAGGGGAGGCUCAGCCCUUAUGAGAUGUUUCGAACUGACGAGUUUACUGCAUGGGAUCAGGACGGCGUGCCAACAAAAGAUUCAGAAGGGAAAGACCUCUCAAAAACUCGUGUGAAGAAGCUGAGGAAGGAUUGGGAGAGGAAAAAGAAGUUGCAGGAGGCAUGGAUGUCUGGUUAG